UCUCUGAUGCUUUUUGCUCUUUCUCUCUCUCCAGCCAGCUGUCCAUCCCUCGUCCAUCGUCACAGUCUUUUUUCUGCCUCUGCUCCUGCUCUUUCACCGCCUAAAUAUCUCUCUCUUCCCUUUCUGUUUUUCUCUUGAUUUCCCCAUCAUCUCUUCCUUCUCUGGACGCUGGCGAGAUAUGAAGCGGCACCAUGGGUUUCAUGGAAUUCUACCUGGAGAUUGACCCCGUCACCCUGAACCUCAUCAUCCUGGUCGCCAGCUAUGUCAUCCUGCUCCUGGUCUUCCUCAUCUCCUGCAUCCUGUACGACUGCCGGGGCAAAGACCCCACCAAGGAGUACGCCCCCGACAACACGCCGGCGCCACCCAGCCAGUCGCCCAUCCGCCUGGUGGUCAUGCAGAACUCACCCACCUCGUCCCGCUACGAGCCCAACAACACGGCCGGCCACGGCGAGCUGCCCACGCCAGACCUGAGCCGGGACAGAGGAGAGAGGGAGCGGGAAAGAGAGAGGGAGAGGGAGAAGAGGAGUACUCUGGUCUGA